AUGCCUCUACACCUGCUAGGCAAAAAGUCAUGGAACGUCUACAACCCCGAAAACGUAGCCCGGGUCCGCCGCGAUGAGGAGGCUGCAAAGGCUCGAGAGGAGGAGGAAGAGAGGCGCAUGCAGGAGGUCGAUGCAGAACGGCGAAUAAAAAUACUGCGCGGCGAGCGCCCUCCGACUCCACCUCCACCACCGUCGUCAUCCAAGGACGAAGAUGAGCGGGGACAUAGAAGGAACGAUGAUGCGACAAGGCACCGAAAACGACGCCGGAUCGCGGGUGAAGAUGACACGGACCGCGACAUUCGUUUCGCGAAAGAAGAUGCCGCGCAUAAUGAUUCCAAGCGAAGAGAACUUGUCGCCACCAGCGAGAAGAAGAAUCGGGAUGCGCACGUCGAAAUUGUCGACACCGCCGGCCAUCUCAACCUAUUCGCGGAGCAAAUGACCCGACACCAGCAUGUGGAAAAGAAUGCAGACGCGGAAGCGGAAGCGGCCAAAAAGAAGCGCGCUUUUGAAGAUCAAUAUACCAUGCGCUUUUCGAAUGCUGCGGGGUAUAAAGAGUCUAUUAGUCAAGCGCCAUGGUAUUCGUCCUCUGUGUCUAGGGAAAAGCUAGCACAAGAUCACAUUCCCAGCAAGGAUGUUUGGGGGAAUGAAGAUCCAAUGAGACAAGAAAGGGAGAAAGCUCGCAUUGACGCAAAUGAUCCUCUAGCGGCGAUUAAAGCUGGCGUUCGAGGCGUUAAAAAGGUCCAGCGAGAGCGCAAACAAUGGCAAGAAGAAAGGUUACGUGAGCUUGAAGAGUUGAAACGUGUCGAAAGGUCCCAGAACAAGCAUAGCAGACGGAGAAGAAGGUCGAGAUCUCGUUCAAGGGACUCGUUGAACAGCCUAGAAGGGUUCAGUUUGGACUCCAACCUCAGGGGAAAAGACCGUCAUUCUCGUGAAGAAAAAGAAAGACACCACUCAAAACACCGUCAUCGGCACCAUUCUCAUCGAGACCGAGAUAGUAGAAGCCAUUCUAGCCGUUACAAAACAGCCGAAUCUUGA